AUGGCCUACUACAGCUAUCUCUGCUUGAAGAGACCGGGUGAUGGAAACGAUGACGACUAUAACUGGCUCGUUAUCUCCCCUGAUCGAAACACUACCGAUACAUUCUUCCGCAUUUUGUUGGAGAACCAGCAGAUCAAACUAGGCAACCCGCAAUCAAAGGUCAUCAACAUCUACCAACUCAACAGGGAGUCUUCUAGAUUCUGGUCAAUCAACUGCGACGAUGGAGACGUUGGAGCGACGCUGCAUUUUGCUCUUUCCGGCAAAAACGCUUCCGCCAACACUGCUGAAGGCACUGUCCUCAAUGAUUUGAUUGGCAAAAUCAAAAUCUAUUGGAUGGGCGGCCGCAUAACGUAUCAGUGGAGAGUAAUCGCUCAGCAGACUGCUGUCAACAAGGACGAUGACUGGUUGUCUGGGUACAGUUUCUUCAUACGCCGACGGGGGUAUCCGAACUCCUACUGGUAUCAGGACCAAAAGGGAACAUGGCUUUCUGACUACAAGCGAACUCGGUUUGUUGUCACUAUUACAGGGGCCAAAGUCAUGUCUCCUAAGAUUCCUCUCAUCGCCAGCGACAAGAUAGUCAUUAAUACGAUUGGUCCCGGUGGUGAAUUGCGGCCGGUCAGGAUCCAGAAAAGUGGUUCUGAGACAGUUCAAACCAAAUUUUUGUUUGGUGAUUUCUUGACAAGCUUCAAUAUUGACAACAACGACAGCAAAAUCGUUAUUUCGGAACCAGGUAGCGGGGAUAGCUUUGAGCUCUGUGAGGGAAUCGCUUAUAACUCCUAA